AUGUUUAAAUAUUUUAAAACAUACGUCAAUAAAGGUUUUUCUUAUAUUGUUGAAAUAGUAGACACUAUUCUCCCUCCAGAUUCUGAUGGAAAAUAUAAUUUAGCUGAACAAAAUUUACUUAAUCAACUUAAACACCUUCCUCAAGAUUUUUAUAGUCUUUUACAAUCAUUAUCACUGAUUAAACCAUCUUAG